AUUUCCCUGUUAAAAAGACCUUUGUGGCUGCCCUGUGGGAAACGAGUUGAAGGAAGCCACAAUGGCAGCCUGGAAAGCAGUGAGGAGCUACUGCAAAGGUCCGAGCAAGCAGUGAUGGUAGUGCACGGCGGACAGCGGCAGGGGUUUCCGAGAGAAUACAUGGAUUCAGGAUUUAUGGUGGAGGCGCUGUUAAGUCAGCUGUGCUGUGUGAGGUGGGCCACCACCCCCCAGCUUGCUGCUCGGCUCGCACGGAAGAUCAAGCCAGGAGUCCCUCCCCUGCCCCCCUCAAGUUCCUCACUCCAUCUGUAACCUUCCUUUGUAUAGCCCUUACUCACCUCCUUCCUGUUUCUUAACCCUUCCCACAUUCCCCGGACCGAGGGCUCCUGCUUUUCCACGCUCUUCUCUUUGCUUAUUUCCUUAUUUCACACUGGGGUCCCGGGAAGCGUCGGCACCCUGAAUGGCCUUGCCUGGCGUUCUCAACACUCCCCGACUGCGGUCUGUCCCGUCUCAAACUAUCUUGCAUAUUUCGCCAUUUCCACACAGCCACGCUUAUUUUCUCCGAUCUCUCCAAAUAUCUCCCUUUUUAUACAUUUUUUUAAUGUUUAUUUAUUUUUGAGAGAGAGAGAGAGAGAGCGAGGCAUACACAGAAUCCAAACCAGGCUCCAGGCUCGGAGCUGUCAGCACGGAGCCCCACGCAGGGCUUGAACUCACAAACUGAGAUCAUGACCUGAGCCCAAGUCGGACGCUUAACUGACUGAGCCCCCCCCCCCAGGCGCCCCGUACGAAUAUCUUCCUCUUAUCACCACCCGCACCCCAGUAUUCCCUCAUUUACACUCUGACUGGGUCUGUAGACACCCCCUUGACAAGACAAAGCUUUUGUAAUCCCGCCCCCCCCUCCCCCAAGCCUCCUUCCUGUCCUAAUUCUGUCCUUCCUCCAACUUUUCCCUCUCCAGCUCUACCCUUCCCCGCCCAGGCUGGCCCACAAGUCACGGUCACCCUCGUCUCUUCCCCGUGGACGACCUCCCGCCACGUUCCCCUGAGCCCCCAAGGAGGGGGCUCAGGGGGCCCGAUGGCCUCCCGCCCCCCGUGGCCCCACAGCCCCCGUGGGCCAGGGGAAGUGCCUCGAAAGCCCCAGUGCCGAGGAUGGGCAACCGCACGUGGGAGGGCUGCCACGUGGACUCGCGCGUGGACCACCUCUUCCCGCCGUCCCUCUAUAUCUUCGUCAUCGGGGUGGGCCUGCCCACCAACUGCCUGGCCCUGUGGGCGGCCUACCGCCAGGUGCGGCAGCGCAACGAGCUGGGCGUGUACCUGAUGAACCUGAGCAUCGCCGACCUGCUGUACAUCUGCACGCUGCCGCUGUGGGUCGACUACUUCCUGCACCAUGACAACUGGAUCCACGGCCCCGGCUCCUGCAAGCUCUUCGGGUUCAUCUUCUACACCAACAUCUACAUCAGCAUCGCCUUCCUGUGCUGCAUCUCCGUGGACCGGUACCUGGCUGUGGCCCACCCGCUGCGGUUUGCCCGCCUGCGCCGCGUCAAGACGGCCGUGGCCGUGAGCUCUGUGGUCUGGGCCACGGAGCUGGGGGCCAACUCGGCACCCCUAUUCCACGACGAGCUCUUCCGUGACCGCUACAACCACACCUUCUGCUUUGAGAAGUUCCCCAUGGAGGGCUGGGUGGCCUGGAUGAACCUCUACCGGGUCUUUGUGGGCUUCCUCUUCCCGUGGGCGCUCAUGCUGCUGUCCUACCGCGGCAUCCUGCGGGCCGUGCGGGGCAGCGUGUCCACCGAGCGCCAGGAGAAGGCCAAGAUCAAGCGGCUGGCCCUCAGCCUCAUCGCCAUCGUGCUGGUCUGCUUCGCGCCCUACCACGUGCUCCUGCUCUCACGCAGCGCCGUCUACCUGGGCCGCCCGUGGGACUGUGGCUUCGAGGAGCGCGUCUUCUCAGCGUAUCACAGCUCACUGGCCUUCACCAGCCUCAACUGCGUGGCCGACCCCAUCCUCUACUGCCUCGUCAACGAGGGGGCCCGCAGCGACGUGGCCAAGGCCCUGCACAAUCUGCUCCGCUUCCUGGCCAGUGACAAGCCGCAGGAGAUGGCCAACGCGUCGCUCACCCUGGAGACGCCGCUCACCUCCAAGAGGAACAGCAUGGCCAAGGCCGUGGCAGCUGGCUGGGCGGCAGCUCCACCCUCCCAGGCGGACCAGCUUCAGCUAAAGAUGCUGCCGCCAGCACAGUGAGCCUCCAACUUGUGCAGAACUCCCUCUCCCCGCUCCUCAAACCUUAGCCCACAUUCCCUUCCCUCCUGGUCUGAUGUAUGCAAACUGUAUGUAAAUAAGGCUGUGUUAACAUUCGGAAGAGUGUAAGAAAAUAGGGAAACGGUGAGGUUGGUGGGUCACUGGUCCAUCAUCGUCCACCGUGACCUCCUUCAGUUUAUCUGUGCCUAGCGCUGCGCUGGGUGGUACUCGUGGCAUAGUGCUGACCAACAACACCGCUGGCCCUCCUUCACUCGCCCACACUCCCAUGGGGGAGACAGACAGUGACGAUCCUGACUGGGUGGGGCUCAGACAGGGAGCCCAAAGGACUUCGGACCCAGUCUGUGAGUCAGGGAGGGCUUCCUGGAGGAGGCGGCAAGGUAAAUGAAGUCAAAUGUUUGGUCUCCAGAAGCUAAAGACCAAAAGAGGAAAAAGGAUAUUUCCAACAAGGAGGUAGAAUUUUUGUGACUGAAGGAGACGGAAGAAGAAAUUCACUGAGUGCAGAGGGAACAUCUUUGCCCUUGGGAAGCCCCUGGUCACAUAAGGGAGUGAGGGCACAAAGAACACGUGUGAGUUUCUAGAUAAACCGUGUUCUCCAAGUCAGGACUGAGGGCCAGGGAGACUUUCAGAACCUAAGGGAAGGGCAAUCGGGGCGGACUGGCUGGAGGAGUGGCGAGCAGGGCAAGCUUGGGAAGGGGCUCAGGACAAGAGAAGGGUAUUUAUUCAUUUGUUCAACAGAGAUUUAUUUAUAUCUACUCUCUGCCCAGCCCUGUGCUGGCUGGGGCUGGGAACACAAGGGUGACCAAAUCAGCCCAGGCCCCACCCUCAUGGGGCUCACGGUAAACAAGUAAAUAAAAAUAAAUACAA